AGAAUUGAUAAGUACAACUUCGACCAGCGUAGACAAGGUCAGCGAGUCUAGCUUGAUGUGUCCUAGUACAAGCGUCGUGACAAAGUAAGCGAUCAUAGUACAAUCAUAAUCAAGUCGUUUUAAGUGUACCAAGUGAGAUACAAGAAAGGAAUUUUUUUGUGCACGACCUCCUUCCUUUAUCAACAUUCCUCAAAUCUAAAGAGUCAAGAGCCAAAGUUUCAGGUUUAUAAGAUUAAGCGUAUCAAAAUCAAAUGCCCUCGACGCCAACGGACAGUUCAUUCUUGCGACAGCAAGUCGUGCAAGACACACCGACUUUUGGGGUGCCAGGUCGUGGUGGCGAUACAGGAAGGAAGGGCAGUACGAGUAGCGCCACUGGUUUUCAUCCAAAGAGUGGCACAUCUUCUACCGCUGCGUCAUUUGUCAAAACAGCAGCAUCUUCGGCAAGCGACGCGGCUACAACAGGAACUACACCCGGAACAAGAAGUGCUGUCCCCUUCGCGGCCCCCGCACUUGUUCCUGCGGCCGAGACUUUUUCAAAAAUGUCUGUGUCAGCCUCGUCGGCUACGGCUUCAUCAGCUGCGGAAAGCAGAAGUACCAUGAUGAACAUAGCGGCCAAAGAACCGCCCGUAGUUGCGGCCGAACCCGCGUUCGAGCGGGACACGGAUGAAACAGAAGAGAUGACGGCGGACGAGGUGUGGCGAAAAGUCCUGAUGCCCAACGCGGCGUCGGCACCACUAGCGUUUGCUGCGGGCUACGACCAACGUAGAAAUAAUGAUAGACGGUUCCUUGUUCAAAUGUUUGAAUUUCGCAUCUAUUUCUAUACAGAAGCACCAAGAUUUUGAUGUUCCAGAAAAAGAUGCUCGCAUUCAUUUUCGCUGUGUUUUUGUGUUGACGGUUCUUGGCCUGAUAAAUUUUUCCAAGAAAUUGAUUCCUAUACAGGUCUGUUCGACGGCUGGGUCAAGCAGCCCUCGCCGUGCUGCGGUGCCGCGUCCGUUGCGGGCGCCUGGAAUGCGCUGCGGAACGUGCACCGUUCGGGGGACAACUAUCAAAAGGAAAAAUCCCCCCACCCCAUACUCAAACUAGAAAUUUGUGAUGCAGAUUUGUGGUCACAAAUCAGCUUUGUCAUGCUAGAAGGGAAAAGAUGCGGACUGUAGUGCUGGUUGGCGUGGGAAAGCCUUGCACCUUCAGCAUGACAGGGGGCAGCUGGAAGUGGGAAACAGCAUGACAAAUUGCCAGCAAACGAGGCCAGAGCUGCGUCUCUUGGCCUUCUAGCAUUACAAGUCGAUUUGUGUACUCAAAUACUCGACCCGGCUUUCACUAGGGGGAGCAUUCGUACACUUUGUGCCCUCCGGGACUAUGCCUCUGCUUCCGUCUAAACUGAGGGGUCCACUUAUCCCUCUCGGUAUUCGGUCGCAGGGAAGGGUUGCCGGGGUCUCCCUCGCAUCGGUUCUCGAUGUCGGGUGUGAGUUUGUGACUGCGGGGGCAGUGGUUGGCUUAGGUGUGUGGAGUACAUCUGAAAAGAGGCUCCCAUUCCUUCUUCCAGGUAGCGAUCCUAGAUCGCUGCCAUGCGGAGCCACCCCCGUAUUUCACCCCCAGGGGGUUGUGGACCUGGCAAAACCGAUGAGUUCGGGCUGCUGACUGUUCCACCUCUUCCGAGAGCGAUCAUGUUACGCCUCACGCCUCAAAUACAGCAUCACAAGUUUCGUUUUCGAUGUGGGGAGGGGGGAUUUUUCGUUUUGAUAACAACGCGAAGGACUUCCGCAAGCUCUCCGAUGUGCUGGCGAAGUACUGCGACGCGUUGGCGAGAGGGAGACGGAAGCGGUUGGAUCGCAUUCUCGACGGGUAUUUGCGGUGUGUCCUGCCCUCCGGGGAGGAGAUUGCGAAGAUGGGGGACUACUUCUUGGCGAAAAUUCAGCAGCACAACUUUCUCGGCGAGGAGUACGAGCAGCAAGAGUGGCAGCGGAGAAACAUCUCGCAUCUGGAGCUGCAUGCGGGCGGUGGUGGGGACAACAUCGCGACUUGUGCGACUGAAAAGAACUUGUCCAGUACCGCUCUCUUAGCUGCAGCGAACAUCGAGUCUUCAAUGGAUAUUGCGGUCGAGAAGAUGGAGAAGUGUAGUAAUAAUUUUUCGGGGGCACCAACAUCUAGAACCACUUCGGCACUAGCAGUUCCAAAGAUUGUGCAGAAGAACAAUCCACCUGCUCUCCCGGUGGGCAAGGACAUGACGGACGCCGAAAAGAAGGAGCUGCCGGUCUCGAAAUAUUUCAAGACGGAGGAGAAGUUAUGAACUGCAAAAACAUCGUACUAGUAUAAAUUGCAAUACAAAUUAGCUCAGCAUUACAAACUUUGUAAUGCGGAUUUUCUUUAACAAAAAGAUUUGUAUUAUGCAUAAACGCAAUUAGUACGAGUACGAUACUUUUGCACAGGAUAGAAGUUUCCGAUGUUACUGUACCUAGAGAAAUUCAUCGAGGACUACCUGUUUCAAGUUGAGCAACGCACCUGGAUCGGGACCAAGAAGAGUAUUUAUUGCGUAUGUUGUUGUUUGUCAUGCAAGACACAACACGUGAUGAGGUAUAUUUCUCAUGCAGGACGCACAGAACAAAUACGACAUUUUAUCAAAAAACAGAAAACAAGCCCGUCGACCCUGAGAAAACCCCUGUCGAGGGUGUUACCAAAACCGCCGCGAAAGACGCGUUGAAAGCGGUGUGUGAAGCACAAGUUGCGCUCCGCUGCACAGUGGCGACAGACGAAAAAAAUUCUAGUCCAACUGCCGGGGAGAACAACAUUUCGUCGUCCGAGGAAACCACUGCAGUGACGGCGUCGAGCGGCUCGAGUUCGCGCACCUCCAGUAAGGAGUCAACCACAAAUGCAGUUCCGACGCCAUAUUUCACGCCCUACUCGGACUUGAGUUCGGCCAGUUCGUCCGGCGAGGAGGGGGGCUUGGACCUGGGCGCCGUGCGGGUGGACCUGCUCACCGGGCAUCCAGCGCUGCUGCCGAGCGGGCGGGGUUUGAAUGUGGAAACGACCGCCGUGCAAAAGGACUAUAACGAGAUGAAGAUGAGCUACCCUAGUGGUGGUGAUACAACAUCGCUGGCGACCACUUUUCAGAACGGGUUGGGAAAUCGAACCAUUUCCGCGGCGCUGGCAACCGCGAGUGCGUCUCUGCGCGGUGGACAGAGUGGCAAACCGGCGAGCGGAGUUGUACAACUUCUUGAUGCACCCACCCCAGCGCACUCUCCCGCGGAUGAAGAGGUAUCAGAUAAAACUACUAGCGCGCCGGCGGCGGUGGACGAACAGAAGCAAGCGGGCCAAGCUGGUACCGAAUCCGAAAGGAAGCAGGAGACAAUCACACCACCAGGAACAACUGCCGCUGCUGCAGACAACACUUCAUCUACAACUCUGCAGCCCAACACUAUCAACCCUUCCCAAUACGAGGGGAUUCUGUGGUCGGCGUUUCUGGAGCUCUCCCAGGAGGAGCGAUUCGCCACCGAGCUGGGUGAACUGUACACGAAAAAGCGGGCGGUCGCGCGCCUCACGCAGUACUUACCCGGCACCGCGGAAAUCGGCAACUGGGGCAUUCUCAAGGCGUGCAAAAGAACGGGGCUGGAUUAUCAAAGUGAAAAAAACUGCUUCCUCCCAUUAACAUUAUUGAAACGGAAAUUUCUGUUGCUGGAUUUGUGUACACAAAUCAGAGCUGUAUAAUUGCAGCAUGUGCUUGUAGGCAUUUUCUAAACCUGAUUAGGUAUGCAAAAGGCUAGCACUCAGGAAUGACAGACAGCUUUGCAGUAGCCAAAAAAGCAUGACCGCUUGGCUGGGGAAUGCGCCGCACGGCGUCCAUUUGCCUCAUAUGAAGGACAAAGCUGAUGCUGAUUUGUGGUCACAAUCACAAAUCAGCGUCAAACUCGAUAUGGGAAGGGGGGAUUUUUUUAUCACAAUAUAGUUGCGAAAGUAAUCGCGAACCGGCGGUCGAUUCUGGGUGGGAAAGCAGUUUUAUGGAAGUGCACAGCCUCCCCUGUAUUUGUCAUCCAAAAUCCCAAAUCCAGGCUGUGCCUCUUGGCACUGUUUGCAUGACAAAUUCUGGUGUGCUGCACUUCUGUUUAGCAUGACAAGUUCUGGUAGUUCAAAUAGCACCAAUACACUCCCGCGCAAAUUUGUCAUGCGAAACCGGCAUUCUUGCUGAUGCUUGUAAUGCCACUCAUGCUACACAAAUGAGGAGGAGGGGCGGUUGUGUACUCUCAUAACAAUCCGCGCCCGGCGAGGAGAAGCGAAAGGAGGAUUUGUGGAACCUGCUGAAAUAUCCUGUGCAAAAGUAUCGUACUCGUAUUGCAGUCAUGCAUUACAAAUUUGCCUUCAAACGUAAAUCCGCAUUACAAAUUCUAUUUCUCAUGCAGUAAUCCGCCGAACAGUCCCAGUACCCCCCGAGUAGCCCCCCCAACUACUCACCCGAGCCCAUGAUCCCACCUGUGCUUCGCACCAACUUUGGAUCGGCUCAACAUUCGCUUCCGGGGGGUGCAAUUUGGUAUCUAACCGACAUUGUGCCAAGAGGAGGGCCUCCUCGGAACCGCCUGGCGAAAGCCUGCCAUGGGUUUCACUAUCCACGGGUGGUGUUGCGGGUAUUCCUGGCGAAAGCCAAAAACCGGCAGAAAACGGGCCACGGCAGUGCUCUCGCUGGACAUUACCAACAUUUGUCCGGGCAGGGCCGUCCUCUUGCCGGACACAACCAACAUCUGUCCGAAACAGCCUAGGGCCAAGACGACACCGUGAGGACGACCACAGGGGGUUCGUCUCAAUGAUGAUGAUGAUGCUGAGGAAAUUUGUAAUGCAUUUAUACUUACGAGUACGAUACUUUUGCAGUCCAUAUGAAAGCGAACAUCGGGCAACCGCAGACGGUUCUGCUGUUUCACCUCACCAACCAUUACGCGUUGCUUUACUGUUGGCGCGAGUACUUCUGCCUGAAACCGCCGGGGGAAGAGAAGAAUAAAGCAGCGCUCGUAGUAGGCGGAGAACAAGAAGAAGAGAAACUAAGUACAACUACACCAACAACGGGAGACGUCGUUUCUGUUGCUCCGGAAGGACGAGGAAACUAUACAGGAGCAGUAGACCUACGACCUGCAACCACCACCACACGUCCUGCGGAAGAAGAUGUCGAAAGUAGUAAAGGACUCGAAACCGCUAGCAGUGCUUCUGCUUCUUCCUCCGCAUCGAAAAACGUUGGGACGGGUGAUGUUCCUGUCAGCAGUUCUUCAUCAAAACAGGACCCAGCCGUCGUGGUGGUAGUGCCCAAAACUUCUUCCACCUCUGCCAAUUGUUCUACUUCCGCCGCCGCGCCGAAGCGUUCCGCCACGCCACCGCCGAAGGUGACACCGAGGGGGAGUGUGAAAAAGAAGAAGACGACAGGCGCGGCCUCUCGUGCAGGUGGAAUCACUUCUGGUGCCAAGCAGAACACGACAUCGACGACCUCUUCUACUUCGCCAAACAAUCAAUCGGGUGCUGCAGCUGCGGAGAUGAGCGAGGGGAAAAAAACUUCAUCAGCGACCAAACCAUCUUCCUCUGCGAACAAUACUAAAGCCGGUGCAUCAACAUCUUCUGUCCCACCGCCGGUCCCGUCGAAUUACCAACACGUGCGGGAGAUCUACACCGCCCGGAAGGGGCAGCGCCCCACCGCGUGGCUGUCGUUGGAUGAGGUGUACUAUGAACUGCAAAAGUAUCGUACUCGUAUAAAUGCAUUACAAAUUUCCUCAGCGUGAGAAAUAAAAUUUGUAAUGCUGAUGUACCUUAAGAAAAAGAUUUGCAAUGCAUUACUGCAAUGCGAGUCGUGCGAUACUUUUGCACAGGAUAUGUACAAAAUUCUGGUUGGGUGGUCCGGGUACGCCAUCAUGAAGGUCACGCUGAAGCCUACGAAUUGCAAAAAUGUCUGGGUCUGGAAGAUUGCAACUUGUCAUGCUGUUUUUGGAUUCUAAAAAAAUUUGUAUUGCAUGACCAGCAAGAGGGGUGCAAUUUGUACUACACGGACAGGGCAUUUCUCAUGCGAAAGGUGCAUCAGGUUCAGGAAGCCUUCUAAAAGUCUGCGAUGCUAGGUCAUGCAUUACAGGCAUCAUGGGUCACGGGAAAUAUGCAUGGCAAAUCUUGCAUUCUUCCAGAGCCAGACCCAGACAUAUUUGCACUUGAUAAAGCCGGAAAACGACCCGUUCGCCUCCGAACAAAGCAACGACGAAGAGGAUGAAGCGGACGUGUGUCAAUGA